UGAAUGACAGAUGCACGGUGUAGGAUAUAAAAAUCAGCCUUCUGCGUCAUGUGGAUACACAGUAAUCUAGUUUACUAGCUUCGUUAUCAUUCUCGACGUAAAACGGGCAUCUGUACGUCCAAUAAACAUCAGCACAGCGACAUCGUACAGCGUUACAGUCGCAUCUGUGGUAGACGAAAGCCUUUUGUUCAUGCACUUUAUGUAGUUUUUCUUAUUUAUUCAAACAGAAGCUCCAGGCUGCAUUGCGAUAAAAGGCUACUCCAGCUGUGAGAGCGCUGUAGAGAAAACAUGGACAGCUAUGAGGAUUUCUGCGCACGCAUUCUAUGUGAACUGCAGUCGGAAAUGGUGCGUGAGAAGAGCUGCAGUACCGCACCUGAUCGACGGGUGGCGCACUCGCUCAUCUGCUUUCAUGGCAGGCCGCUUUUGUCUCCUGUUCUAAGUGAGAAACAAAGAAGGGAGAUGGUUGAAUACAGGAAAAGAGCAAAACAAGUGGAGGCCGAGAAACAGGUUCAUUACAACAAAAAACUCCUCAAUCAGAUUCAGACCAUUCUUUGGACUGAUAAGGCACCAAAAAUAUUGGACGUGCCAAAGCUUUCAGAGCAGUGCCUGUCUCCAUCAACAAAAACAGACUACAGGAAUGGUUUUACAGUACUUGAUACUGCAAAUCUUACACCUACUGGGGCCACAGAGCCGUACAUUUUCUCUAGCAAGCAACCAGUGAGCCCUUCAGCUGAGCUGCCUGCUGUUAUGAGAGAAACAUCUGCAGAAGAAAAACAAAUGCAAGAGGAAAUUGAAACAGAAGGAGUUUGUCUGCGGAACCUACUGAAGAAAUCACGUGAAUUCAUCCAAAAAGAGCAAGGUAAACAGGGGUCGAAGGUCAUCAGCAACAAAAUGGUUGAUCCAAGCAGGAUACUCUCUGAAAGCCCAUCGGAUAAAGAACACGGCAGUUCUCUGGAUGGGACUGCAUCUGGUUUACCCUUUUAUAUUUCCUCACCAAACCAAACCUCUCCCAGUAACCUGACAAGCCCAGAACCUGGUGCCAGUUUAAGUGCCAGACCCCACCGCGGACGUCCUCGUCCCAUUUCUACUGGCAGCAUCUUCUUUUCUUUCCCUGAAAACCCCAACCAACUGAACAUUACAGCGCACGCAAUGCCACAGGAAGUCAAAACAAUUGCGACGCAGGAAAGGAAGCUACUCGGAGUGGAAAAUGUGAGUAUGGGUGGAUAUGAUGAUUACUCCGGGUUGAACGAGACCGUGGGACGAUUAGAAACAUCUCCAGUGGAUCCUGAGCUCACAAGCCCUCUGUUUCGAAGGAGAUGCCACACGCUGGAUAGCCAUCUGUCCUCACGUCAUCAGAGUCCAGUCAUAGACCGGAGCCAGGAGAGAAUGCCUCGGUUUAUGGCUGGGGUCACUGCGAGAACGCCCACUCGACUGUCUCCUCCUUCACCGAUGAACAAGACUUUCACACGGGACAGUCCCGUAGCAGCAUUUAUGGGGUCCGGAAUCACCCUGGACUCUCCUUCUUGUACCAAACUACCUUUUGAGACCGAAAGAAACAGUGUUAUUAGCACAGCACUGAAAGAAAGGAGAACAGAUGAGAUGCAAUGGCAAGUCCACGCUCUAGAAGACAUGCAGAGGUCUCUGGAGGACGAUUAUGUUUUCCGGAUGUCGUGUCUGAUGGCAGAGCAAGAGAGAGAGCAACUGCACCUCAGUCAGGAGUCGGAGGAGCGGGCCAGGAGACUGAGGGGUCAGGGUGGUCUGAGUCCUGUAGCGGGCGAGGACGGGUGUGAAUUAAGGGCUGGUGAACGUUACCCUAUACUGAGCCCCAUGUGCUCUUUAAGCCCAGGAGACAGAUCACCAAGACACCCUGUGCCAACCAUUGGUUUCCCUUCAACCAGUUUAGAUGUGGCAUCACCUUCAAUACAGACUCCCAUUUACAUGAGAGGCCUAAAUCACAGCACAGCAAAGAGAAACAGGCUGAGUCAGGUUGUAACAGCGGAGCAGCAGAGGGCGCUGUGUCACCUCACUGCCAUUGUGAAGGGCUUCCUCAUCAGACGACUGCUGAAAACAGAGAAAGUCAAACACCUGCGUCAAACCAUACAAGACACGCAAGAGUUUAUUCGUUCAUUCAGCACUGACGCUCCUCAGAGAAACGACUCUCUGUCAGAGCAGGAUCUCUCUCUGCAAGAGCGCGUCAGAGCUCAGUUACGUGCGGCCUUGUUUGACGUUCAUGAUAUCUUCUUCACAAUGACUCCACAGGAGCGUCUGUCUCUGCUGCAACAAGACAGAGAGCUGCGCACCGAGAGAAAACUCCGAGAGAUGGAAAAAGCAAAAAGCCCCAAGGACAAGGUGAUUUUGUCUGCUGCUACCCAGAAAUCUCUUGAUCGAAAGAAAAGAGUUGGUGAAUCUCCAGGUCAGACCAGAAGAGCUCCGAAAACCAAGAGUCCUCCUACAAAAAGGAUCCUGCAGCCCAGUCAGGGCCAGAGCGCUCCCGUUUCAGGCCAGCAGCUCCUGCGCCGUGGCAGUUACAAGAAGACUCCAGAGGAGAGAGUUCAGCAUUCUGAGAGGCUGAAGAAACAGCAUUCACUGGGUUGACCUGAUGUAGUUAUGAACGGAAUAUGAAAAAUAAUAUUGUGCUAAUCAUACUUCUAAAAAUACUCCCCUGCUAGCCUGCCAUCUCAUUAAAUGAUGACUAUUAAAUGUCAUUGAUAUCUAGUUCUUCCCAUUAUUCCACUACAUACUGCAUAUGAAUAUAGAAUUAGAUAUUAUUUUGUUUCUUAUGGGUUACAAAACUAAUUAUAAUCCAGUUAUACUAAAUUACCCUUGUAGAAAUUAUUACAAAUUCUGUAAAUGUGGGACUACCUGUUUUCCAAAUAACAGAAGCCUGCAUUGACAAAGAGAAAAGUUAAUGCUGCUUUAAUGCUAUAAAUUCAUAUCUAAAUGUCAGUAAUAUUGACAGAAUGUGAAAUAGUAGCAUAAGAAUACAUGUCUAUGAAGGGUACAGGCAUUUCUCCAGAAGUUAAUAGAUUGUAUUUGAUCAACUAGCACUUCAACUGAAUUUGUGCGUUUUUUUUUUAAUCAUAAUACUUGACUAUUUAUAACUAGAAUCAUAUCAGUUGUUUAUGAAUGUAUUUGCUCUUGCCUUGUAUACUUAAGAAGCACUUGACACAUUUGUGGUAAGAAAUGAAACAAUGAAAUAAACAAGUUUAUUUAAUAAACAAUGUGAAUUCAGUGAAUAAAGACACCAGUUUCAAAUA